GCUUGCCGGAAAAUCCUAGCCGACCACCGCUUCAGUAUCAUUCAAGUCAAAAUGGCGCACGUCGGUAGGAAGGGCAACCUCCCGCGGAAAGACGACCAGAAAACCACCAAGGACGCUAACGGUGGCGGGUAUGCGUCUAGAAUGCGUGAGCGGAAACAAAAGAAACUGUACAGCGAAGACUGGGCAUUAGGUGACGAGGACAUUGAAGGCAGGCGGACGUUCAAUCUGCAAGAGAAGCUGGAGGAUCCGGCGUUCGGAUGCCAGAACAUCGUCAAAGAGAUGCAUGGCUCUGAACUAAAUGUCGCCUACUUCCAACGAUACGGUUUCAAUACGCCGCUGCUGUUCAAAGAAAAGACUGGAUUAGGGCUGCGCGUGCCCACGUCGAACUUCACAAUAAAUGACGUCCGCAUGUGCGUCGGCUCGCGUCGCAUCCUCGACGUGAUGGACGUAAACACGCAAAAGAACAGCGAGAUGACCAUGAAAGAGUGGCAGAAGUACUACGAGGACCCCGACAAAGAUAAACUGCUCAACGUCAUCUCCUUGGAGUUCUCACAUACCAAGCUAGAAAAUUACGUACAAAGUCCGACAGUUGUCAGGCAAGUCGACUGGGUGGAUUGUGUAUGGCCACGUCACCUGAAAGAAAGCCAAAUUGAAGCCACAAACGUACUCGAAGAGAUGAAGUAUCCUAAGGUACAGAAGUACUGUUUGAUGUCCGUUAAGGGCUGCUACACAGAUUUCCACGUCGAUUUCGGAGGGACGUCCGUAUGGUAUCACAUUAUCAAAGGGUGCAAGGUAUUCUGGUUGAUUCCUCCGACAGAACACAACUUGGAGCUGUACGAGCGUUGGGUAUUAUCUGGCAAACAGUCAGACAUUUUCUUCGGAGACACAGUAGACAAGUGUGCCAGAAUAGUUUUGUACGAGGGAAACACAUUCUUCAUCCCUACUGGAUGGAUCCACGCUGUCUUCACGCCCAAAGACACCUUGGUCUUCGGUGGGAACUUCCUGCACUCUUAUGGGAUUGAUAAGCAACUCAAGAUCGCUCAAGUUGAAGAUACCACCAAAGUCCCCCAAAAAUUUCGCUACCCAUUUUUCACCGAAAUGCUAUGGUAUGUCUUGGAAAAAUAUGUGCAUACCCUCCUUGGAAAUUCACAUUUAACGACAGGCCAAGACACACCUAUACCUCCAGAUAGAUCUCAUGUUCAUCUCACUCAAGCAGAACUUCAUGGACUUAAGGAGAUCGUAAUGUACUUGCACAUGUUACCUCCAAACAAAAAGAAUGUUCCGGAGCUCAUCAAAGACCCAGUGUCCCUGAUUCAGGACGUUCGUACCCUGAUAGGCCUUCAUAGACAAGACAGUAGAGAGCUAGCAGUGACGGGAAAAGCGGUAUUGCCACCUCAAGAAGACAAAACUUCUGGACAGAGGUCAUCUCCAAAUUAUCAAAAAACUAAUGGACAGAUAAACAGGUCUCCAAAGCAGCCAGGUGCUUUCAAAGGACCGAAAGGUGGAACGCAACCCCCAGGAGCGGGAGGGGGAGGGGCAGAGAAAGGAGGAAAUGGACCUAGACGAAGACGAACUAGAUGUAAGAAGUGCGAGGCGUGUCAACGUAGCGACUGUGGCGAAUGCGGUUUCUGCCUGGACAUGGUGAAGUUCGGCGGUCCUGGGAGAGCGAAGCAAACUUGUAAUAUGAGGCAGUGUUUACAGCCUAUGCUACCAGUGACAGCAGCCUGUGCUAUUUGUGGAUUGGAUGGAUGGAAUCAGACACCAGUUGCUCCGCUGCAGAAGGGACCGCAGAGGUGUGACGCACCUAGCAACCUGAUGGAGUGCUCAGUCUGUUACGAGAUAGCGCAUCCUUUGUGCGUCCAAAGGAAAUGUCCAGACUUCACAGGGUAUAUCAAUGAAGAUAUGCCAAAUUCAUGGGAAUGCCCAAUGUGCUGUAAACUGGGCAAAAACACAGACUACCGGCCCAGGCAUUUCAGAGCCAGGCAGAAGUCGUCGGAUAUGAGGCGGAUGUCCAUCAGUUCCGACGCUUCCACUGCAUUAGAAAUUAAACAACAAGAGCAUUUAUCAGACUCCGGCAGCGAGAAUGAACAUAAAGACAAUACGCUCGAGCUACCUAUCAAAAAGAGGAGGUCCAGUGAGGGUACGGAAGUUGAGACAAAGACUGCAACGCCUACAGAUCCGCUAAGGAAAACUGCUUUCAGGAUGCAGUUGGCGCAUCAAAUCGCUAGUCAGUCCACCAAGGUGUUAAAGAAGCCGAUGGUGGUUGUGAGACCAGCGCCAGUUGUACAAAUAUCCACAACGCCCUUGAAUACUCUAGUUACGGACAAACGUUGUAUGCUGCCAGUAUUCAGAUACCUUUCUCCAAGGGAGUUACUCAAUUGUACACUAGUGUGUAAGACAUGGGCUACCUUCACAGUUGACCCCUCUUUAUGGAAACGGAUGGAGUUUAGUAGGAAGCAUAUUUCUUCAGAUAUUCUCAAGGGUAUUGUGAGGAGACAACCAGAGGUGUUACACUUAGACUGGUGCCAUAUAAACAAAUUCCAACUGCCAUGGUUGUUCCAACGGUUGAAUCAACUUAAAGAAUUGUCUCUGGUUAGCAUCAACGUUAAAACGGCCAUAUCAUUAAGGACCAAUCACUCAGCUUCAUUACAGGUACUAGAUCUCAGUUACAUAUCGGACUUUUCCGAUUCGGCGCUAAGAGAGAUCUUAGGUCCCAACAACGAUUCACGCACCAGUAUUGCAGCUGAAAAAAUACGCUUCAGGAACUUAAAGACUCUCAGGUUAUCCGGUACAGACAUAACGGACAUCGCCAUGAGGUACGUCACACAGUAUCUGCCUAAUCUUCAGCAUCUUAGUCUCAGUAUGUGUCCCAGGAUCUCAGAUGCAGGUAUUGCUCAACUGACAACUAAACCAGCGAAUACUGUAACGAACCUCAUUAGUUUAGAUCUUAGCCAUUCAAAACUAGUGACGGAAACUAGUUUGGACCACUUGUCAAAAUGUGAGAAGUUGACGAGGCUUGACUGCAGACAAUCGCUUAACAUUUCAACGCAGGCGUUAAUUAAAUUCGCUGCUAAGAGUGAGCAUAAUCUGCAGGUGAGAGACAUUAAGCUGGUGGAUAUUAGGCAGAAAAACUAGGAUUAGUUGCAGAAACACUUUUGUGUUCUACCUCUCUAUAGAGGCAUAUAUCAGACUGAUAAGGGGUUUAAGUUCUCAGGAUUUAUUUCCUGCCAAGAAUCGUCAGUUUCACUAUCUGUACUAGGAUGAAUUAUAUUGGACCUCGAGGAAUUUACAGCUGUUGCAAAGUCACUGGUGGAUAAUGUCAGUACUGGCUUGUUCAUCUGAAGACCAUCAUUAGAUUUCUUCGAUUUGAUAGAUAAUCUAGAAAUUGCUAAGUCUUAGUUGGGAGCAUUAUGAAGGAGAAACCACACUUUUGAACAAGAAAGCAAAAUUUAGUUGGUCACAAAAUAAUUAUAAUAAUUUACCUUUUAGCUUUCUUCUUCCUGGGUUUCAAUUGCAAUGAGCUUGUGUCGGAGUCAACAUCUGAUGAUGAAUGACUGGGCAAGUAAUCGUCUGAAGAAUUGUCCAUGAGCUCUGAAGGUCCUUGUUCCUCUUCGUCUGAUAGCAGCUCAUUCCACAAUUUCAUAAGUCUCAUUUGCUCCUUUUCAUAUCUGCCGUCAUUUUAUUUUAUAGCACAAAUCACAACUCAAAUUAUUUUAUUCACAACCAAGCCUUACUAUUCGGCGCGCUCUCAACAAUUGGACUGGAAACUAUACGAAGCAUCUGCAUUUCUAGCAUACAGAGACUUGUUAGAACUUGAAAAAAUGACACCCUACAUUUGGGUUCGCGUCGGGAGUCAUUUUCAAAAUAUAUUUUUGGGACAUUUUCUAAGACUAACGUCUGAUAACAGCCAGCACAUCAUAUCCAGAGUAAAAAUUAAGUAUUUCCUAAAAAAAUUAUGUUUGGCCUGGGGUAGAAUAUUUUUUGCUUCAUUUGGGCGAUUAACGUGUUAAACACUAACUCUUACAUAACUUCCCGAAAGGUAAUAGAACCAGGUCUACUUUAUAUCAGUAAUUCUAUUCCUCCGUUUUGAACCCCUGAAGUAUAGCUUUUCACACCAAACAAAAAGAUGGUAGUGGCAUUGCAGAUCCUAAAGUAGGUAACCUACGCAGCUCGUGCAAGCUACAGACUGAUUUCUCCUGUUCUUCUCUGAAUUUGUAGUUACCUUAUUUUUUAAUAUUCGUUAUUUUUGAAAAAUAGAUAUUGUGCAUUUAUAAUUUUUCAUGAUGGACUUGUAUACUUGUAACAUAAAAACAAGUUACCUUUAGGAAACUAGUGCCUACCACCUGAGAUGUUAUUUGGAUAUAUAAGGUACGUUAAGAUUAUCUGUUUACUAUAUGUUGCAACAAAUGUAUGUGUAUGCAAUACUCAAAACAGCAGUGCAGUUGUUCAAAGGAACAUAAGUUGUAUUAAAUAUCCACGAAAAUCCCGAUUACUAAACAGGAUGACCCAGAAAAGGAUGGCAGCAUUUCUAGAGCAGGAAGUAAUCUGAAAGGUUAUACACACCGUAUAAGCCAGAUAAUAUGGUGACUUAGAAUUCAAAGUUUUAUUUAUUGACAAACUUUCUUAGUGGUGUGAUCAGCAAGCUGCUUUUCAAUAAUAAAGCCAAAUUGCGAAGCUUUAGCCGCCAUUUAGAUAAACGUGUUUGAUCAAUCAAAUAAUCAUCUUUCGUGAAAAUAAGUUGUAUGGCCAGUUUUAGACAGAACUAAAUUCUCUGUCUUUUUGAAUACAUUCAAUUUCACUGUACGGUCAGUAGUUAACGAGAUUUGUAACGCAACCAUUGUCGCCCUUUUACAUCACUCUGUACAAUCAUCAUUCUGACUGUCAACCGACGAUCUGAACGCACAAGAUCCCGGAUUCUGUCUAUAUUUUCAUCAGUUCUUGAAGAUGAAGGCCUUCCGCUUCGUGAUCUUCAAUCGACUCUUUCCCUUCUGAAAAUGAUUCACCGAAAAACCUGAGCAUCGUUGCUCGAAAUUGAUGUCACUCAUUUUUACAGCACAAUAGAAAAAACUUUCACAAAAAAAAACGCUGCAGACAACCGAAUGACUCGAGCGAGUUCAAACUUGUACUGAAGGCUGAUUGCAUGUUCCCUCCAAGCCCGGUGCCUACAGUGUUGCUAGAGCGAACGCUAUGUUGCCAGUCUCAUCACCUAAUUUAACAGACUUCGUAUUCAGAAAUAUUAGUAUCGUAUCGGUAAUUACAUGUUUGUUGUUACUACCGCAUUAAAUAUAUGUACUUUGUUUUAACAAAUUAUUCACCACUACAACCUUCUUGAUCAAGAAUCAAUAUUUCCACUUAGAAGUUAAAGGAGAACUCUUUAAACUUGUUAUAGCAGCUUUUUUGUUUUUCCUUGUUACGAAAUACAUCUGUUCCACAUGAGAUGAACUGUAACAGUAUUGAACUUAUUCUGCUACUUGUUAGAGUAUUGUGUACAAGUAAAAUAGUUUGAUGGAUUAAAAUAAUUCAGCUUUAAUGUUUGAAAAUCUUUUUCAUUGAAAAAUUCAUCUCAGAAACUGGUGAAGGUCUCCUUUUUUAUUUUAGAUAUGUGAUAAAGGUUCGCUUUACACGUUGACAGUAUUCGUUCAAUGUUUCUAUUAUGUUUUUCAAUGAAAACGAUUUUAUACUCUAUGUACCUACCAAAGUUUUUAUUUAUCUUUUUUGUUUGUGAUCAAUCUACGUAUCAAAUUACGUAUUAUAUUAGGUAGACUUCCAGAAGACGAAUAUUUUUUUUAUUGAUUUAUAAUUUUGUGCAAUCCAGCAUAAUAGCACAGAUUUCUUGUAAAAAGUAUUAUUAGUAUAGAAG